AUGGCUGAUAACAAAUUACACCCUGCUGUCACGGUGUCAAACAUCAAGAACUUUGUUUACGUUACCCUCGACAAUGAAGCCGCUGAUUACAACAUGUGGUCAGAACUUUUCCGGAUUCAUUGCACGGCUUUCCUAGUAGCCGAUCACCUUGAACCCCAUCCAACCAAGGCUGCCUCCUCCUCCACAAACAAACAAACAACCCCUCCUUCUUCGACCGACUCAUGGGAACGCCUUGAUGCCAUAGUUCUGCAAUGGAUCUAUGCCACCAUCUCUCCGGGUCUUCUGAAAACCAUCAUCAAAAAGGGCACCACUGCGUAUGACGCCUGGGUGGCGAUUAAAAAUCUCUUUCAAGACAACAAAGCUACCCGAGCCCUCUACCUAAAACAGCAAUUUGCCAACACUCGCCUUGAAAACUUCUCUUCCAUGCAUGAAUAUUGUCAACCCAUCAAAGUUUUAGCCGACCAACUCAACAAUGUUGAUGCGACUGUCGAUGAACAAGAUUUGGUCCUACAAACUAUCGCUGGGCUUACUGAGCAAUAUGAGACCGUGGGUACCAUUCUCCAAAAUACUAAGCCAUUACCCUCCUUCGUUGAGGUUCGUUCUCAACUUUGCAUGAACGAAACAACUAAAGCCAAUCAAGCCCUGCACUCCGCCAACAAACCCGCCACCGCCCUUCAUGUCCACAGCCCAUCCUCUCCUGCUACACCCACAUCUGCCUCCCAAACCCAAUCGGACCCCAUGCGUGGACGGCCCAAGACUCGUGGUCGCGGAAGGGGCCGUUUUUCAACUAAUCAGUCCACUAGGCCCAGAUCGCAAAAUACCCAAUAUUCACAGCCCAAUCAUCCCUACAUAAUCUUUCCAAACAAUAACAAUUGGGCCUCAACCCAAUGGGCCACCCUCCUCAACAAUCAAAACCGCUUUAGCCCACAACAAACCAACCCCCCUUGUCCCUACCCGUUAACCCCACGGUCCAACACCUCCCAAGGUAUUCUCGGCUCCCACCCUGCUCAGGCCCACGUGGCUACCUACAGUCCGACACCAACGGAUAUUGCACAGGCACUCUACACACUCUCUAUGAGUCAACCCACGGAUCCGAUUGGAUACAUGGAUACUGGCGCAACAGGACAUAUGGAGCAGCCAGGUAUAACCUCUCCGUCUGUUUUUUAA